AUGCCAGCCGACAGUUACGACAUCAAACACGAGGACGACGACGGUAACAUGGCCACGGAGGAGCAGGUACAGACGUACGUGUCCAACUCUGAGCCUAUGACUGGCGAGAAACGACAGAGGGAUAGGGAUGACGAGGGGAAUUCCUACCCUAACUCCCGGUCCAACAGCGGCGCAGGAGGAAGCGGGCACGGUCAGCAAGGCACGAAUGGCACCAACUAUGUCCAGCAGGUGCCCGCGCAGACGCAGGCUGCCCAGUCCGUAGCCCAGCCCAUGCCCGGAUACGAUGCGUUGUACAUAGGAGAUCUUCAAUGGUGGACGACGGACGAAGAUUUACGACAGGUUGCACACAAUUGUGGAGUGAAUAUCGAUCACAACGACAUCACUUUCUCUGAGCACAAAGUCAACGGGAAGAGCAAAGGUAUUGCUUUUAUUGAAUGUCAUGAUCCUCAGGCUGCCGCCGAUCUAAAAACAUGGUUCGACAACAACGACUUCCAAAACCGUCGCGCGACCGCGACACUCGCCAGCUCGUCACAGGGCAAUCCCUUCCGCACUUUACCAAAAGGCAUGAACCCUAAUUUCAUUCACUAUCCCUGA